AUGAUACCCCCUUGCGACCCCUCCAUUCUUGAACAAAACCCCCAAUUCAAACGACUAUAUGAGAAUCUUGCGAACAUUUUAUUGAAUCCAGAUGGCUCAACAUGUGCUAGGCCAGACCCAGCUCGGGAGGCGGUUGCGGAGGACCUGAAGCAAUAUCAAAUAAAAAGUGCAAAGAAGAGAAUCAAGCAGCGCACACUGAGGCAGCUGGCCUUCGCGUCCGACAGCGACCUUCGCGAUGAGUGCCAUGAUAACCUUGCCAUAAUAUCCAUUUAUCUUGACACACCACGAGCCGCAAUCGAGUCCGAUACGCCUGUCCAAGAGCUCCAAGAUGCGAAGCAGGAACAGGAACAAGAUGACGCUCUCUCUCUCCUCUCCAACGAAUUCGAGACCUUCUACUCCCACAUACCUACCUUUAUCGAUCAAUUCUCCCAGAUUAUCUCCACCGCAAUCCAUGACCUCCGCAAGAUAGCAGCAAUAGCUACGGACGAGUCUGUAGCUGUUGAACCGGAGCCAGAACCUAAACCACCCCGAACCCUCCCCGGCUCAACCCGCUCCUCAUCCAAUCACUAUUCUCGUGCUCGCGCCCGGGACCGCCGUGUGAGAACCUCAAUGGCUCCUGUUCCGCCUUUGUCCUUCAUACUCCGAGAUCGAGUCCACGCCCUUCGCAGCAUUCAGCUAUCUGAUUUGCCUUCAGCGCGGCGUCAGAUGGCUGCGACAGCUGCAGAGGUAAUAUCAGUGCGUACGCUGAUUUUGGAGCGGACGCUUGUUAUUCUAGAGCGAGUUAAGCAUGGAGCUUUGGCGAGAGCGACGAGGGCUCGGGCCGAGCAUUUGGCUGCUGUAGCGCAGGGGAUUGAGGGAAAAUUAGAGGUAACCAAGCUUGAAAUCGCAGCCGCAAUAUACACGCCGGAAAUAUUAUCUGCACUUAGUCGAUAUAGACAGCAUCUUCGCGAGACGAGAAUACGACUUGAUGAACGGAGUGAAAUAGCAAUUGAAGAGCUGAGCCGGUAUGGGGAUGUUGAGGGUGCGCCAUCUGAGUCUGGUAAUAUCGAUCGGAGUAGCACUUUUACAGAGAUUGCGCGAAAAUAUGGGAUGCUUGCCAGGGAGGUCGAGAGAGUGAAAAUGGAGAUUGCUAGUCUAGGAGAGUAG